GUUCCAGGAGGAAAAAGAAAAGGAAAUGAUCGAUUAGUUAAUCGACGAGAGAGAUACACACUGGCUUUUGAUUUUUUUUUUUCUUCUGCAUUGUUCAUAGCCAAGCAGUAGAGGAAUCGCCGGUGAUAACUAGCUUUCCAAUUAGCCAAAUCUAACCUCAAAUCUGUGCAGUGCUUUUACUUUUCCCUCAUUUUCCCACCAUCCAAACACCUUCGUCUCUGGUGAAAAUGGUUGAUCUGAUCUCAACAACACCUCCCAAAUCCGCCACCGACCUCUUCUCUGACCCGCUGGACUCUCAUCCUCUCUGGUUCAAGCCCACCCUCUUCCUCUCCCCUGACUUCGACUCCGAACCCUACAUCUCGGAGCUCAGAACAUUCGUCCCCUUCGACACGCUCCGAUCCGAGCUCCAGUCUCAUCUCUCGUCCCUCAACCAUGAGCUUAUAGACCUCAUCAAUCGUGACUAUACUGAUUUUGUAAAUCUGUCCACUAAGCUCGUCGAUGUGGAUGCUGCUGUGGUUCGAAUGCGAGCUCCCCUCUUGGAGCUUCGUGAGAAGAUCCAAGGCUUUAGGACGGCUGUUGAGAAUUUGCUCGUCGCUCUGAGAAAUGGUCUCAGACAGCGGUCGGAGGCUGCCGCUGCUAGGGAGGUACUCGAGUUGCUGCUUGAUACGUUUCACGUUGUUUCCAAGGUUGAAAAGCUUAUAAAGGAGUUACCAAGUGUGCCUUCAGAUUGGUCUAAUGGUGACAUGAAUUUGAUAGAGAAAAAUGCUUUGAGCAAUGGUACUUCCUUGCAACAUGCGGAGAAUGGAACAAAUCUCAGAGAGACUCAAAGCAUGCUUUUGGAGAGAAUAGCGAGUGAGAUGAAUCGGCUAAAAUUUUAUAUUGCUCAUGCACAGAACCUGCCUUUCAUUCAAAACAUGGAGAAGAGGAUCCAGAGUGCUAGUCUGUUGUUAGAUGGAAGCUUGGGACAUUGUUUUGUAGAUGGGCUUGAAAAUCGAGACGCAAAUACAAUUUACAAUUGCUUACGUGCAUAUGCUGCUGUUGAUAACACUGGAAGUGCUGAAGAAAUUUUUCGUACUACUAUUGUGGCUCUAUUGAUACAAAAAAUUAUUCCACAUAAAUUGUCUGGUGUGGUGGUUGGUUCAUCUGGGGAUGAGCUUGAGGAUGAUUAUAAGCAAAUCAAGGAUUGCAUUGAGAAAGACUGUAAAUUCUUAUUAGAAAUUUCUUCUACAGAAAAUUCAGGUUUACAUGUAUUUGACUUCUUGGCCAAUUCAAUCCUGAAAGAGGUUCUCUCAGCCAUCCAGAAGGGAAAACCUGGUGCCUUUUCACCAGGAAGACCUACAGAAUUCUUGAAAAACUACAAAUCAAGCCUAGAUUUCUUGGCUCAUCUUGAAGGUUAUUGUCCCUCUGGAGCUGCUGUUGUGAAAUUUCGAGCAGAACCUGUAUAUGUUGAGUUUAUGAAGCAAUGGAACAUUGGGGUUUAUUUCUCUCUGAGGUUUCAAGAAAUAGCAGGGUCUUUGGAUUCUGCACUUACAUUGCCCAGUCUUGUACCUGUUCACAGUUCCCAUUCUGAUGAAAAUUCUCAGGACUUAACACUUAAACAAAGUAUUACCCUUUUGGAGAGCUUGAGAUCCUGCUGGACUGAGGACGUUCUUCUGAUUUCUUGCUCUGACAAGUUUCUUCGCUUAUCUUUGCAACUUCUGUCAAGAUAUGCGAGUUGGUUGUCAUUUGGAUUGGCUGCUCGGAAGAAGGGUAGUGCGAGCUCUAACGCCGGAUGUGAGUGGGCUAUUUCAGCUUCGCCAGAUGAUUUUGUUUAUAUCAUUCAUGACAUUAAUUGGCUAGCCAAGGAAAUUUGUGGUGACUACCUUGAAGGUGUACUAAAGCUUCUAUCCACAUGCUCCACUGAAGUCCUUGAUCUGGUAAAGAAGAGCAUUUCACAGGCUGGAAAAUCUCUGAGUGAUUCGUUACCCUCUGUUAUCAACACAAUUAUUGAGGCAGUGGUUGACAAGUCUGUUGAGGACUUGAGACAGCUAAAGGGAAUAACUGCAACAUACAGGAUGACAAAUAAACCUCUUCCUGUCAGGCAUUCACCUUAUGUGGCAGGGAUAUUGCGACCAUUGAAGGCUUUUCUGGAUGGAGAACAAGCAACAACAUAUUUGACAAACGAUGCUAAGAAUAAUUUAUUGUUCGGAGCUGCAACUGAAAUUACCGGGCGUUACUAUGAGCUGGCAGCUGACCUUGUCAGUGUGGCUAGAAAAACAGAGUCUUCACUUCAAAGAAUACGGCAAGGCGCCCAAAGAAGAGCUGGGGCAAGCUCAGAUGUGUCAGAUAAUAAUGUAUCUGACACUGACAAGAUUUGCAUGCAAUUAUUCCUUGAUAUUCAGGAAUAUGGGCGUAACCUUGCCGCCUUGGGGGUUGAAGCGGCUAAUAUUCCUGCAUACAGAUCCUUGUGGCAAUGUGUUGCACCUCCAGAUAGGCAGAGUGUUGUUAACUAUUAAACCCAACUAGCUGCGGGCGCUGUAGCAUUAUUAUAUUGCAUUUGAUCUUACCCGGAAAUACAUUUUUUCUUUUAAAAACAAAAUGGUAUAGCAAUUUUUGAGCCUUUUUUUUUUUUCUUUGUUACUGUGGUUAUUUUUAUGUCUUGUAGAGAUGAAAAUUUUGUAUAAUAAACUUCAACGAGCUGCAACAAACUUAUGAGUUGAAUUGGUAUGUAUGACCUUGUUAUUCUUAAUUCAAAGGUGAAGACCAGGGUUUAAACUUACAUA